CCCGAUGCCGUGCUGGGUAACUGGAGCUUCAACAAUCACGAACUCGACACCCAUCUGUAAUCAUCUGAGCCGCGGGUCGUCCCCAAUCGAGCAAGAGGAGGGUAUGGUAAUACAUGUUAGUUUUUUUUUGGGUCUACAUAAUUAUACAUACAUUGGUUAUUAUAACCGGUAUAAUCUUCUAGCGUCGGAAAUCGCACUCUUCAUCUCUACAGGCAAAUUGCUCCGCAAGAGGAGUGCCGUGCUGAUAACGUAUGUUGCCGCAAUCUGGGAGAUCAGAAGCGCAAAAUUCGCGCGCGCAUGGUGGAGAAUGCCCGGAACCACCCGCGCAAAAAGGAAAAAUGUCUGGACGACGCUAUUGAAAGAGGCAAGGAGCAUGAUCCCAGAGAGCAAGAAUGAGAUGGUGCGACUCCAGGCAACUCGAUCGAUGGUUGGAUCCCAAUGUUUUGCGAGAAGCGCAAGGAAGUUAUUUAUGGGGUCCGUGUUGGAGAAGCUUGUGUUUGGCGAUGAGAAUCGUCUAAGAGUAGUAAAUGUUGUGGCGGUAAUGCGGUACAAGCAGUACACGGAGAAGAUGAAUGAGACUAGGUUGAGUAGCCGACCAUAUGCUGUGUGUGCCCGCUGCUGCGUUUGACGCCGAGAUUGAAGCACUGUAACGUGUUUCGCUCCAAAACAUCUGGAUUCCCGCGAAUGCUGCCAACGACACGAGUCAUGAAUCCUUCUUGUGGGGUGUCCGAUAGCUUCCGAUUGAUGGCGCGCAAUCGACUCUCUUUUGUCAAUAGCAUAUCACUAGUAGCAUCUAUACCCGCCUGUUU